CUCUUCCAUCCUCAUCCUCAUAAACACACACCUUCGCCUCAAUAAACACAUUCAUCAUGUCUUUCGACUGCGGCUUCGACAUCUUCCCCUCCCUCCCCCCUACCCCCGAGAACAAAACCCGCUACGCCGAAUUCCUCGACGACAUAACCACCGUCUACAAAACCGACCAAGAAUCCCGCCUCCUCGUUCUCCCCACCGACGCCGACUUCCCCAACUUCCUCGACAAGCGAUUCAUCCACUUCGUGCUCACCAACAACCCGCGAAUCCCCGCCAACCCCAACAACUGCGACCUGUUCCUCAGCCUGCGCACCUCGAGCGUCUUCGACGCCGGCACGCUAGACAGCAUAAAGGAGAUCGCCUCCAUUGCGCGACACCAUUUUGGAAGCCGUGUGCACUUCUGGACCAAUCAGAGCGAUAUCUACACAAGGGGCGAGGUCAACCGCGCGGAGUGGGAGGUCUCGAAGAGAAAGGAUGCCUCGGACUCGCAGUGAAGUAAGAAUCGGAUCAGCGCGCUUAUCCCGACACUUCCGAUUACGCUACUGGAGCUUAUAUACGCCCGCAUCUGCCGACAUUGCGCGGCAGUCAUGGCUUACUUUUACAGUUGGGGCUGACGUUGGGACCGAAGGAAUGGGAAUAAGCACCAACGUGUUUCAUUAGAUCAUAAGGCAAAAGCGACAGAUCAGUUCAUUCUGAUACAGGGAUAUCUCCAGCCAACAAAAAAAAGACAAUUUCAACCAUAGCGUGCUCCC